AUGACACAUAUUACAUUAGGUCAAGUGAUUUGGUCCUCAGUGAGACCAAUCAUUAAAAUUUAUUUCAUCAUUGGUGCUGGGUUCGGCCUAGCAAGAAUGGGGAUCCUAACAGCAGAGGCAACAAGAUCUAUCUCAGAUAUCGUUUUGACCAUUCUGUUACCGUCUCUAUCAUUUAACAAGAUCGUCGCCAAUAUUGAAGAUAAAGAUAUUAAAAUGGUGGGUAUUAUAUGUUUAACAUCAGCAUUAGUAUUCGGUACAGGUUUAGGUUUCGCAUUCAUUAUAAGACAAUUCAUGCCAGUCCCCAAAAAAUGGAGAGGUGGUAUCUUAGCAGGUGGGAUGUUUCCAAAUAUUAGUGAUUUACCAAUCGCUUACUUACAAACUAUGGAUACUGGGUUUAUCUUCACAGCGGCAGAAGGUGAAAAGGGUGUCGCCAAUGUUAUUAUUUUCCUAGCCUGUUUCUUAUUUUGUGUGUUUAAUCUAGGUGGGUUCCGUUUAAUCGAAAAUGAUUUCAAUUAUAAAGAUGAAGAAAGUGCGGUACAUCCAGAAGAAUUGGAGGGAAAUUCACUUUCUGAUCAUGCUGAUACUCUAGAUAACGGAUCAUCAUCUUCAAGUGAUGAACAAAUAUUAGAAACCAAGAAAGAAGAAAGUUCAUCUAGUUCCAGUGCGACUCCAAAUGAUGCCAACAAUGAUAAUGAAGUAGACUUAGCUGACGUUCAAGCUAUAAAGAAGAAUAUAAGUCACACACAAUUACAACGCGUUGAGUCAUCAGCAGAAUCAAUUUCAACAGAACGUUCUACUGUUACAUCAAUCGAUUCCCAUGUUGUUGGAGAAACUCUAGGAUUUGUCGGAAAUGCAGGAAGUUUACAUAGUGCAACUCAAAAUAGUGUUGAAGCUCGUCGUACUAGAAGUCAACCAAUUGCCUUGACUGCACCAGCUAGUGCAGUAAGAGAAAAUGACUCAGGUAUCACUGCAUACAAGACUACAUCCUAUCAAUCAUUACGUUCCAUUGAUGCAAGACAAUUACCUACUCAAACCAUGGACGCUAUUAUUAAUGAAUAUUCCAAUGUUGAUCAAUUUGGUCAGAGAAGAAGACUUUCAAUCUCCCCUGAGGUUGCCGGUGGUGUUGAAGGAUUCAACAAUGACUCACAUUCUGUUAUCGAAAGGAUAAAGUCUUCAAAUUUAACAAGAAUUCUUACAUCAGAUGCCACCGUGAGCAAAAAAGAUAUUGAAGAAUCUGGUAGUAGUUUACCAAACUGGAUUCAAAAAUUCCCCCUAACUCCAUUUAUUGUCUUCUUCUUAAAGAAUUGUUUAAGACCAUGUGCUAUGGCAGUUAUCGCCGCUUUAAUUAUUGCAUUUAUCCCAUGGGUUAAAGCAUUAUUUGUUACAACACCAACUACUCCAAAAAUUAAACAAGCUCCUGAUGAACAACCAGCACUAGCAUUUAUAAUGGAUUUCACAAGUUAUGUUGGUGCCGCUUCGGUCCCCUUUGGUCUUCUUCUAUUAGGUGCAACCUUAGGUAGAUUAAAGAUUGGUAAAUUGUACCCUGGUUUCUGGAAAUCUGCAGUUUUACUUGUUUUCCUAAGACAAUGUAUUAUGCCAAUCUUUGGUGUUUUAUGGUGUGAUCGUUUGGUCAAGGCUGGCUGGGUUAAUUGGGAAGAUGAUAAAAUGUUAUUAUUCGUUAUCGCUAUUACGUGGUCACUGCCUACUAUGACAACACUAAUCUAUUUCACAGCAAGUUAUACUCCUUUGGAUUGUGAUGAACCAAUUCAAAUGGAAUGUGUUUCCUUUUUCUUGAUGAUUCAGUAUCCAUUGAUGGCUGUUGCCUUACCAUUUUUGGUUUCAUACUUCCUGAAGGUUCAAAUGAAGGUCUAA